AGAUGGUGGCCCUCAGGUAAAUUCAGGUAAAACCGGUUCAACAACACGAGCCACACCAUCUUUCAGGCGACCGUUAUAUAGCGCCAAGUUCUUUGACCCCCAACUCAUUUAUAAUUUGUUUUCUUGUCAAAGGACGUCAUGAUAGUGUGGAUUAUUUGUAUAGAGCAAACUAUAUUGCCUUAUUCGAAUAUGCAUAAUACGUUAGUUGUAUGAGAUAGUAUUUGUUUAUUUCGCAGAAAAAAAUGACAAUAUAUAGCGACUGGAAACUCUGGUCGGCCGUUAUGUUGUGGGUAACAGUGGGUCAGUUUGUUCUGAGGGUUCAGGGAGGGUACACGUCCGCGCUCCUCAGGACGCCUUAUAAAUGCAUCGCUAUAUUUCGUUGGUGUACUCGAAACGGGAAUAAAAUAUAUUAGAAAUGUGAUGAAUUCACUACAAUAAUAAACGGCGAAGACAAGAGACAGCAAAAAUGAGUUCAACGUGCACCCAGAUUAAACGCAUGAAGGGACGCGUGGUGAAAUAUGUGAUGCUGUUCUAUGUGGUCAUCAUAUUCAUCUUCGUCAGACUCAACUUUGCUGCGAAUGGGGAUGCAGACGAGUUUAUAAAGACUUCCCUCCGUAUAAUACCGAGCAGCGGUGGCGUCGACAGUAAAGGUGCGGGAGCUAUUGUUUUCUUCAUCAUAUUAUGUGAAGGCAAACCUAAGGACAACCAAGGAGGAAAAGAUGCUUCGGCCAUUACACGCCAACUACGUCAGGCAGCUGUUAUGCUCAAGUCCGCAGCAGCGCUGUCAUCAUCUGUGCUCAGGUUCCUAGUGGUUGCAGACUCAGAAAAACUCUUCAAACAGUUUGUAGAUCUUACCUCAUCCUGGCCAGAGAAGUACAAAAGUCGCCUGGUGUUUGAAUACCGUGACGUGUGGUACCCAGCAGACAGAGAAGACAUGCGCUUUAUGUUCCGUGUGUGCGCUACAGAGAGGCUCUUCCUCCCUGAUAUGUUUCCCAGCCUUGAUGCUGCUAUAUACAUUGAUACAGACUUGGUGUUCCUACGGCCACCAGAACAGCUAUGGCAGGAGUUCCACAAGUUUAAUGAUGUUCAACUAGCUGCCAUGGCACCAUGCUUAUACCAUUAUGGUAGCAGAAAAAAUAAGGUACCUUUCUAUGGCAAGACUGGACUAAAUGCUGGAAUCAUGCACAUGAAUAUCACCAGAAUGAAAAAAUUUCCUGGUAGAGGUUGGACAGCUGCAAAUCUGAAGGUCUUUGAUAACUACAAAAAGAAGAUAAAACUGGCUGAUCAAGACAUUCUUAAUAUUCUCUUUCAUAAGAAUGCUGAUCUGGUGUAUGAGCUGGGGUGUGAAUGGAACUAUCGGAUAUUCCAGUGCUCUCAAGGCUACAACAUGUGUCCUAACGCUGCUGCUAAUGGAGUUUCCAUCCUACAUGGUAAUGCCAUGGCUUUUGUCAGUGGUGCAGAGAUGAAACUACAAGCAAUAUUUGAGGCGUGGGAGCAGCACCAGUUGGGCUCACCACUGGACCAUCUCCUGGCAUCCUUACAGCGGGGUCUAAAGGCUGUCACCACAAAUCAUCAACAGUCAAAGUGUGCACAAAUUAGUAAUAUAGACAGUAUAUUAACCAAAGAACUCCAGAAGCAUGUUUUAACGCUUUAGCAUUCUGAUGACACUAAAAUGAGUCGUAUGUGCUCAGACAGGAAAUCACUUGAGCUGGACGGAAGAGCGACCUACCUUACCUUGAGGUUACCUCAAGGUAAGGUAGGUAGGUCAAGGCGACGGUCUUUUUUCCAUGCAGGUCGGCGUUCAAUUCCCCACCGGCCAAGUGCUUGGGCACUAUUCCUCCCCCCGCUUGGCUUAGACUCGGUUACAAGUAUCUCUGGGAAUUCUCAUUA